AUAUUGUGAGUCCGCAGUGCACAUGGAUAUGCUGGUGCCAUGGCACCGUGUGCAGCCUGUGGACGAGCCGAGGCUGCCAGCCUUUGUGGCCGCUGUGAAGCAACGGCGUAUUGCACACCCGAAUGCCAGCGGGCUCAUUGGCGGGUGCACAAAGCUGUUUGCGGCCUGAAGCCGGUGAAGCACGAAGCUUUGGAUGAGGCUUUGGAUGCUUGCAGAGGGAAAGCGCAGAUGUUUUUGCCUCUAGGUGCUGGUCUUAAGGCUCUCCAAAGUUUGUCGCAACAGCUGGUUGCGGAGGAGCAUUGGGAAGCACAGGCCACAGGUGAGGCAGCGGAAGCCGCACGAAGCUUGCCGAAGCUCCAUGCCAUGGUGCUGGCGCAGGUAUGGGAUCACGAGGACUUGCUAAGCCUAGCUGCCACUUUGUCCUCGAUCAGGCAACAGUGGAGAGCCCCGCCUGAGUGCACUUUGCUUUGCAUCUACAUUGCUGCCGAGCUUCAAGAUGAAGCGCAAAAACUCCUGGAUGACUUUAAAGAGGCCAUUGAGGCACCAGGCCCACGAUUGGCCUAUCCCACUGGCCCAGCUCGAGCAGUGCUAUGCAAGGUGGGCGCAUUGUUAAUCCCAGUGUUGCCCAGCAAUAAGUUUUGGCCGGUUUUGGUAGCUCUCGGGCAUUUUGUGUUCUGGCAAUUUUGCUCUCCGUAUUUAGUGUUGAGGGAGGGGAUGGCAGCCAACAGUAGUGCCGAUUAGUUCAACCUGGUCUAGGACCUCCAGGCCACCGAUAUUGCCUUUGUAAGAUUGCAACCUCGGGUUCCAUGCGCGCACCUUUUCAGGCAGAGGCCGGACCUCGCCCUACAAUGCAGGAUCCAUAGGACAUAGUCAACUUGAACCCGCACAAAUAAAAAUCAUGCUCAUAGGGGUCAGCAAGUCUAAGAAACAUUCUCAUUUGAUACACCCACGUGGUGCCCAACGUUCUUGCUUGCGAGUCCUUUCUUGAAGUUCAAUGAGCCGAACAGAGUUCCAGAUGCUUGCAGAUGCUCAAAACUGGGGUGCUUCAUGUGGGGGUGCUUCAAAGAUGCGGAGACUCCGCAGCAACUAGUUGCAGCCAACGGCUUUGUUGCUUCACGUGUGCCAGGGUGCUGCUAGGGGUCUUUAACGGCCAACUUUCUUUCACUUUGACAAACAGGACGCUCCAAAGACCAGUGUCAUUGGCUCAAGCGAUUGCAGGUUAAUGCAUCCUGUUUCAGGCUCGCCGACGUGUGGUUGAUGGUGGAGAUGCAGUUUGCACACUUUGCACAUAUUCUCAACAAACCUGCUACGCAGAAACAACGUUCGUUACCUGCGGGACAACCUGCGCUUGGCUCAACAUGUGCAUCGGAAAGCAGCCAGGUGGAAGUGGAAGAGCUUUGGUCAGAGUGAUCGGCAAGAAAGGAAUUCAGAUCUGUGAAAGCGUGCUGCCCAAUUGCUUCAAGACUUCAGGAGAGAUCUUUUUGAUUGACCCAAGAUGGAAAGGAUAUGGCGGAGAAGGAGAAGAAAGCUGCCAAGAAAUCGGGUUCAUUCCUUAUGGCAUUUCCGAGGCUUUCUCAAGAGCUUGCCUGCAUCGAUGAAUCUUAACAGGAUGCGAACGCCCGAUCUGUUGCAACUUGUCAACAUCGCGUGGGCACACCUCCACUCCUUACAUGGAUCUCCCACGCAGACAAGGAACUACCUGUGCAGACAGAUCUUGAGCCAAACCUUAAUUUGAUAUCUGCACAGUUGAAUGAACAAGUAUUGGCACAAAAGCCAUUAGAGCAGGGACAGGGCUGAGAUUCAUGGAUCUUUAGGCUUGCAGGGGUUGUCAGAGAUGGUAUGUGUCAUACAGAUGGUCACAAAUCAUCACAGAGCAAAAAGGCUUGUUGGCAACAAAUUGCAUCCAUUUCCAAGUAUAUAUAUAUAUAAUGGAUUUUGUCAGUGCAGCUCAGUGAAACUGAGACGUAUGGCAUUAUAUGGCUAGUUUUGCAGGCCUACAGGCAAGCUGGUUUUCAAGUAGUGGUAACCGGUAGUUCCUUCUUUCAACUGAUCAAGAAGAUACAUUGCCUGCUGGGUGGUUAUUCUAAGAUGUUCUAAGAAAGCAAGGGACGACAGCUGCCGGCGCUGAGUGUGGCAGGUCCACAUUGUUAUGACCGAGGGGCCCGCCUGCGAGGGACAGCAGCUUCGACACUUGUUGAACAAAGUCCCAGAGGGUGACAACAGUUGGAUCCUCUUCACAUCUCUUGGCGGGAUUUGGCACCCGGGGCGCACCGGGUUCUUUCGGAAUUUUGCCCGUCAGG